CCCAUAUCACAGCUUAUAACCGGCCCCGCCCAUCGUACAAAAGACGCUCUCAUUUUCCAAAAGUUGGCUGCAAAGUUCAUGUCGCCUGUCCAUUCACAGUGAGAUAUUCUUUGAUUCAGAGACCUGAAAACCAACAUGGCUCCUAUUCUCUUGGAAAAUUUGAUUCUACCAGCUGGGGUGUCUUUAAUUCAUGCUUAUCAGUUAGCAUCAUUUGCUCGCCAAACUGGAAAAUCAAGAAGAACUUUCAAUGUGCCUUACCCAGCCACUACAGGAGAUGAGAGAUUUAUGCGCUACUACAGAGCACAACAAAAUACAAUAGAGUUUGCACCCAUCUUUUACCCACUUCUCUGGUCUGCUGCCCUCUUUUGUCACCAAGUCCCAGCUGCACUCUUUGGAUUGGUGUACAUAUAUGGACGUAGGGAAUACUUCAAUGGGUACAUCAAGGAGGUUAAAGGAAGACUGUAUGGCUUUGGUAUCUGUGUGAAUGCCAUCAAGGCUCUUCUCGGCCUGUCUGUCCUGGGUAUUGGACACCUCACCCUCAUGACGUACGCUGACAUUGAUGUCAAACAGAUGAUCAUGGCACGAUUUAAAUAAUCAUCCCUCGGAUCAUUCUUGGUCUUUCUACUUUUUUUUAAGAUGAAGGCAAUAUAUCAUUGUCCUUGUAGAUUAAGUGAUUUUUAACUACAUGUAUGAAAAGUCAGCAACCCCCAAUAUCUCCACUGCCAUAUAGAUCAUGUAUGACAAAUACCUUACUACUGUACAAUCCUUAUUUACAAAGGGAUGCAUGCAUAGGAUUUAAUUAGUGGUUGCUGUAAGAACAUCUCAAUAGACCGGUUCAUAGUUUCUUGGGCAAUUUUGGUCAAGUAGGCAAAGCAAGAUAUGUGUACAAAUGAACAGUGUUUGAAGCUUUCUUGGCCAGUGGAGGCAUGAAUAUAUAAUCAGACAUGUUGUUGAAUAAAUUCAACAUGCCAUGUGUGUAAAAAAAUACCUUCUUCCAAUCAUGCACAGAAAGAAACUAGGAACUGGCCUGUUCAAGCCUGAUAAUCUGAAAUAUUGUACAGAAAAGUUUGCAUUCCUUAAUUUGUAUAUGUUCGCAUACAACAUGGACACUAAAAACCCUAUUUGAGGUUUUUUUAUAAUUGCAUUUAUUAUGAUUAAUAAUUUCUAUUCUACAAAUGACAGUACAACAACUUUCUUGAGAGGUUAAUUCUAGUUAUUGAUCUUUAACAAUAUUGCACAGAACAAAAGAGGGUCGAGAGCAGACUUUUAACAUGACAAUCAAUGACUGCAUUACUGGGGAUGGGAACCCCUAUGGUAUAAUUGCAAAUUUCUGUUGUACACAGUAUUUCAUGGUCAAACCAAGGGAAAUUUGACAUUUG